AUGAAAAGAAAGAAGAAAUAUGGGAUUGCUUGGGUUGAGAAUGAACGAGUUCCCACCGGAUCAACUCCUCAUCCUCCUGUGAAUCCCGAGAAUGCAUCAAGCUCCGAUGAGGAGUAUGAAGGAUUCUUACAACCUGCUACUCUCUUGCUUUCCGGUGCAAAUAAGCUAACCACGAGAGCUGAACGUUUCUUCCAAGGUUUCAAUUGCAAAGUCCCCUCGAGGGAAAGAGAGGAAGAUGGGACAGUGACAUAUGUAGUAGAGUUUGAAUCUACUAAAUUAGCUUUGAAACAAUAUAAAGGCGUACCAUUGGGGGAGGGGAAGAAGUGGAUGCACGAUGUUACUCUUACCCGCUCCGUAAACCCAAAGUAA